AUGAAUUACAACGAAGCCUCUCCUAACGCCCUCGAUAGCCAGAAAGAUGAUUUUGUUAAGACACUCUCAGCUCAGAAGCAUUUGAGGCUAAUGGCUCUCUCGUUGUCCGCCUCCGUCCCCUUGCUUCUUGAAGGCCCAAUGGGGUGCGGGAAAACUUCACUGGUCGCCUCGCUGGCGCGCGCCACCGGAAACUACCCGCAACUUUUAAAAAUACAUUUGUGUGAGCAAACAGAUGUCAAAGCUCUUCUGGGCACGUAUGUGUGCACCGAUGUUCCUGGACAAUUCCGAUGGCAACCGGGAGUUCUCACGCAGGCAGUGCUGGCCGGGCAGUGGCUACUUGUUGAGGACAUCAGCAUGGCCCCCAUGGACGUUCUCUCGAUACUAUCAACUCUCUUGGAAAGACGCGAGUUGCAUAUAUCGGAGAGGGGCGAAGUUCUCAAGGCGUCUAAUGGCUUUCAACUUUUUGCUACUCAGUCUACUCAGACUGGCCUUAGAUUUCAACAAGAGACCACUUUUCUGGAUAAUCUCUGGACUAAAAUAUAUAUUCCUCCUAUUGUAGGGGAGGAAGUAGCCGAAAUUCUAAAGGAAAGGCACCCCAAACUGGCCCCCUUCGUCGGAAAACUAAUGCUCGUUUAUCAAGAAUUCUGUUGCUUCACAAAGUCUACGGAGAAUUCACGGACGUACCAUGCGAGGGAUUUUUUUAAAUGGUGCUCGAGAAUCGAACAGUUUGCGCAUGACGGAGCUGUAGACACCACUUGCGUCUCUUUCUCCCUCGUGAAGGAGUUCACCUACGUCGAGGCUUUGGACGUCUUUUGCGCUGCCAUCCCCGAUAGGAGUUACAGAAGACGCAUUUCGAAUAGACUCGGCGAAUUACUAGAGUUGCUUCCGCAUCGAAUUGAGUAUUUUUUGGAUAUUUAUAAACCUCAAGUAGAAGUAGAAAACACGCAGAUUUUACGGAUUGGCUCUGUUGCACUCCCCGCAACUACCUACGAAAAUGGGCUUUCUGUUUUUACGUUUACCAGACUAUCCAGUUGUUAUUUGGAGUCCCUAUUAAAGUGUAUUACUCGGAAAGAGCCGGUCUUAUUAGUGGGAGAAACUGGUACUGGAAAAACAACGCUUGUACAAAAACUUGCUCUCCUGCAUGGCGUUAAACUCACGGUUAUUAAUAUGAGUCAGCAGUCGGACAUUUCCGACCUUCUCGGAGGAUAUAAACCUGUUGAUGUGCGAAAGCUAGCAUGCCCUCUCACGGAAGAGUUUCAGGAUUUGUUUAACCAAACAUUCUCUCAAAAAACAAACACUAGAUUUAUUCAGGAGGUACGGAGAGCUUAUAACAAAAGUAACUGGAAGAGAUUAAUACUUUUGUUUCAAUCUGCUCAAGCCAAAGUCGAGGAAAAAAUAGAAAACGUGGAACAGCAAAAGUUACGUCCGGAGCUACGCCAAAGAUGGCGCUUCUUCUUUAGAAAUCUGGGACGAUUUGCCAAACAAAGAGCACAGGUCGAGAAUGGCGUGGUCUUUGACUUUGUCGAAGGCGCAUUGGUCGAAGCCCUUCGGUGUGGAGGUUGGGUCCUCUUGGAUGAACUGAACUUGGCCUCCUCUGCGGUUUUGGAGUGUUUGAACGGAUUGCUUGAGAACGAUGAUGGAUCGUUAAUAUUAACCGAACGCGGAGACACACAACCGCUUAACCGACACCCAGCUUUUCGUAUAUUUGGAUGCAUGAAUCCGGCCACCGACGUCGGCAAAAGAGAGAUCCCACCCGCCAUUCGCGGCCGCAUGACCGAGUUUUAUAUUGAAGAACCCCACCAUUGUGACGACUUAAAAAUGUUGAUUCGGGAAUAUCUAAGUGCCGUUUUUAGCCCACCAGAUCAUGUGGUAAGUGACAUAGCGGAGUUCUACAGGAAAGCCCAUCAGCAGGCCUCGGAGUUUCUCUGCGAACUAGUUGAACAUUUUUGGCUCAAACUGGGCCCUGAACGGGUUUUGUCACACGAAGAGUGCAAGUAUAUACUAACGGCUUCUGUCCGGGAAAAUUUGCGCCGACUGUCCAGAGUUCUGAUCGCUCGACAAUACCCCAUCCUGCUGCAGGGGCCCACCUCGAGCGGGAAGACGAGCAUGGUCGAGUACAUUGCUAAGCGCACUGGCCAUAAGUUUGUUCGAAUUAACAAUCACGAGCAUACCGAUCUUCAGGAGUAUAUGGGGUCUUACAUUACGGAUCCUACGGGAAGAUUGGUUUUUCAGGAGGGGCUUCUCGUGCAGGCUCUUCGCCAUGGCCACUGGAUUGUCCUCGAUGAGCUUAAUCUGGCACCAACUGAUGUUCUUGAGGCCUUAAAUCGAUUAUUGGACGAUAACAGAGAGCUUUUUCUACCGGAAACGCAAGAAGUUUUAAAGGCGCAUCCGGACUUUCAGUUGUUUGCCACUCAGAAUCCACCUGGCAUUUACGGCGGGAGAAAGUUACUUUCCCGCGCCUUUCGAAAUCGCUUUGUUGAGUUGCACUUUGAUGCUAUCCCCGAAGAGGAACUGGCAACGAUCCUUGAGAAGAGAUGCGCCAUUCCCCCGUCCUACUGCGCCAAAAUCAUCAGCGUUGUCACGCAUUUGCAGAAAGUUCGUCAGGGGACCCGUCUGUUCUCUGGCAAGCACGGAUUUGUUACACUGAGGGACUUGUUUCGGUGGUGCGAAAGAGAGUGCGAUAGCCUUCAGUCAUUAGCUAUUAAUGGUUACAUGCUUUUAGCUGAAAAAGUAAGAAGAGCAGAAGAAAAGUCGCUUGUGGUCGAACUUUUACAGAAGCACAUCAAUGUUAAACUUGACGCGGAGUGAAUUUUAGUAAAUUAUUAUAAUCCAGAAACAUUAAAUCCUCUUCCGCCAUUGUUUGGGUCGAUUGUUUGGACUCGAGCAAUGAAGCGGCUCUUCGUUCUUUCCGAGCGAAGCUUUCGCUACUGUCAGCCUCUUCUGCUUGUGGGCGAAACUGGCUUUGGCAAGACGCUCGUAUGCCAACUUAUUUCCUUCUUGCGCGGGCAAAAAUUGCAUGUGGUCAACUGCCACCAGCACACGGAAACUUCGGACUUCAUUGGAAGUCUUCGCCCGCUUCGUUCUGAGGGGGACAUUGAAGCCGUUAAUGAGACAGAAAAAGCAGCUUCAUUGGCGUUUACUUGGUGCGACGGGCCACUUGUGCAAGCGAUGAAGAACGGGGACGUGUUACUUCUCGACGAGAUAUCCCUUGCGGACGAUUCUGUUAUUGAGCGACUGAACAGUGUGCUGGAAAAACAGCGAACAUUGACUCUGGCAGAGAAGAGCUCAAAGGAGACUGAAGUGAUUCGAGCGCACGCGGACUUUCGCAUAGUGGCGACGAUGAAUCCCGGCGGUGAUUUCGGCAAGAAGGAGUUAUCGGCAGCCCUUAGAAAUCGCUUUGUUGAAGUUUGGGUUCCUGCCGUUACCGAUACAGACGAUCUUCUGAAGAUCAGUGAACAUAUGCUUUCUUUCGAGGAAUUAUGCCCUUUAGCCGAACUCAUGUUGCGAUUCGUGGAAUGGUUUCGCAGAACCGAAUGCCCAAAAUUGGUCAUCAGUCUACGGGAUAUUGUCUCGUGGACUUCUUUUAUGAAUCAACGAUUUGCUCUAGGCGUCUCCCCCGCCCAGUGCUACAUUCAUGGCGCCUCACUAGUCAUCUUGGACGCUGUUGGGACUCAGGCUGUACCCGUCAGUGAUACGGGUGCCGCUAAGAAAAGGGCGAUCAAGUUUCUUCAGAACCAAUUAAAGACACUUUCUAUCGACUUCGUUGACGCCACUGAAUCGGAGGCCGCAGUGUUUCAGUACUCUUCUUCGGAUAAUAACGAAGUUUUCUGCGUCUCUGGUUAUUCCAUUCCUUGUGGCCCUUUAAAAAGAGACGGAGAUCAGUCAUUUUUUUUUGAGACUCCCACUACUGCUCUAAAUGCAUUGAGAGUCGCAAGGGGUAUGGUGCUUUCGAAAGCCCUCUUGCUAGAGGGUAGCCCUGGCGCAGGAAAGACAAGGUCAUUAGUCGUUCACGCUUUGCUCUUUAUACAAACAUUUUACUACUUGUUAGCUUGA